AUGAGGAAGAUCCGCGCCAAUGCCAUCGCCAUCCUGACCGUAGCCUGGAUCCUGGGUACUUUCUACUACUUAUGGCAGGACAAUCGAGCCCACGCAACAUCCUCCGGCGGCCGGGGCGGGCAGAGGGCCGGCGGGAGGCCGGAGCAGCUCCGCGAGGACCGCACCAUCCCGCUCAUUGUGACAGGAACGCCCUCAAGAGGCUUUGAUGAGAAGGCAUACCUAGCAGCCAAGCAGCUGAAGGCUGGAGAGGACCCCUACAGGCAGCACGCCUUCAACCAACUGGAGAGUGACAAGCUGAGCCCAGACAGGCCCAUCCGGGACACCCGCCAUUACAGUUGCCCAUCUGUGUCCUACUCCUUAGACCUGCCGGCUACCAGCGUCAUCAUUACCUUCCACAAUGAAGCCCGCUCCACCCUCUUGCGCACAGUGAAGAGUGUCCUGAAUCGAACUCCUGCCAACUUGAUCCAGGAGAUCAUUUUAGUGGAUGACUUCAGUUCAGAUUCUGAAGAUUGUCUGCUCCUGACCAGGAUCCCCAAGGUCAAGUGCCUGCGCAAUGACCGGCGGGAAGGGCUGAUCCGGUCCCGAGUUCGCGGGGCAGAUGUGGCCAUGGCGGCCGUCCUCACCUUUCUGGACAGCCACUGUGAAGUGAACACUGAGUGGCUGCAGCCCAUGCUGCAGCGAGUGAAGGAGGACCACACCCGCGUGGUGAGCCCCAUCAUUGAUGUCAUCAGUCUGGAUAAUUUUGCCUACCUUGCAGCAUCUGCUGACCUUCGAGGAGGAUUCGACUGGAGCCUACAUUUCAAGUGGGAGCAGAUCCCUCUUGAGCAGAAGAUGAGCCGGACAGACCCCACCAGGCCUAUAAGGACGCCUGUCAUAGCUGGAGGAAUCUUCGUGAUCGACAAGUCCUGGUUUAACCACUUGGGGAAGUAUGAUGCCCAGAUGGACAUCUGGGGAGGAGAGAAUUUUGAACUCUCCUUCAGGGUGUGGAUGUGCGGUGGGAGCUUGGAGAUUGUCCCCUGCAGCCGGGUGGGCCACGUCUUCAGGAAACGGCACCCCUACAACUUCCCUGAGGGCAAUGCCCUCACCUACAUCAGGAAUACCAAGCGCACUGCAGAGGUGUGGAUGGAUGAAUACAAGCAGUACUAUUAUGAGGCCCGGCCCUCGGCCAUCGGGAAGGCCUUUGGCAGUGUGGCCACGCGGAUUGAGCAGCGGAAGAAGAUGAACUGCAAGUCCUUCCGCUGGUACCUGGAGAACGUCUACCCAGAGCUCACUGUCCCGGAGAAGGAAGUGCUCCCUGGCAUCAUAAAGCAGGGUGUUAAUUGCUUAGAAUCCCAGGGCCAGGACACGGCUGGUGACACCCUGCUUGGAAUGGGGAUCUGCAGAGGGUCUGCCAAGAACCCUCUUGCAGCCCAGGAGUGGCUGUUCAGUGACCAUCUCAUCCAGCAACAGGGCAAGUGCCUGGCUGCUGCCUUCCCCUCCCCUGGGGCCCUGGUCGCACUGCAGGUGUGCAACUCGAAAGAAGGAAGUCAGAAAUGGAGGAGAAAAGGCUCUUUCAUCCAGCAGUCGGUCAGCGGGCUCUGCCUAGAGACACAGCCUGCCCAGCUGGUGACCAACAAGUGCCAGGCCGACGUCCCGGCCCAGCAGUGGCAGCUGUUGCCGCAUACAUGA